UCAACACUUUGGAGGCUAAUACUACGUAACAUCCGGUUCGACGGGUCCGUGAAGUGGGUGAAAGGUGAAAGACGCAGAGUCGCAGCAGAAACUGGAUGUUUGCUGCCUUUCUCUGAGCUGGGAUUCAACAUGCUGCAGAACACUGGGAAGCUCGCCGGCUGCACGCUCUUCAUCACGGGAGCGAGCCGCGGCAUCGGCAAAGCCAUCGCCCUGAAAGCCGCUCGGGACGGGGCCAACAUCGUGAUCGCCGCCAAGACGGCCGACCCCCACCCCAAGCUUCCAGGAACCAUCUUCACAGCUGCAGACGAAGUGGAGGCGGCGGGGGGGAAGGCGCUGCCCUGCGUGGUGGACAUCCGCGAUGAGCAGCAGAUCGGAGCGGCCGUUCAGAAAGCUGUGGAAACAUUUGGAGGCAUCGACAUCCUGGUGAACAACGCCAGCGCCAUCAGCCUGACGGGGACCCUGGAGACGCCGAUGAAGAAGGUGGACCUGAUGCUGGGGAUCAACCUGAGAGGAACGUACCUGACGUCGAAGCUGGUCAUCCCUCACCUGCUGAAGAGCCGCAGCCCUCACAUCCUGAACCUGUCGCCUCCGCUCAACCUCAAUCCCGUUUGGUUCAAGAACCACACCGCAUAUACCAUGGCGAAGUAUGGGAUGUCCAUGUGUGUCCUGGGCAUGGCCGAAGAAUUCAGAGGUCAAAUCGCUGUCAACGCCCUGUGGCCUAAAACUGCGAUCCAGACGGCGGCCAUGGACAUGCUGGGAGGCGACGGCAUUGGGAAGCAGUGCCGUAAAGCGGACAUUAUUGCAGACGCCGCCUAUGCCAUCCUGUCCAAAGCCAAGGACUACACGGGUCACUUCCUGGUGGACGAGGACAUCCUCAGGGAGCACGGCAUCAAAGACUUCGACCAGUAUGCCAUCCAACCAGGCCACCCCCUGCUGCCGGACUUCUUCCUGGAUGAAGCACCGGAGUCGCUGGUCAAACAGAUGGAGCAACACGGGGCAACACCAGCCUUUAAACCGCCAUCUUCAUCGUCGGACACGCCCCUUCCUGGUGGACCAAUAGAAAGCACCUUUGACGUCAUCAGAGGAGUCAUCAGCGCAGACGUGGUCAAGUCCACACAGGGCAUCUACCGCUUCGACCUCUCAGGAGAACACGGCGGCGUUUGGUUUUUGGACCUGAAGAGUGGCGCCGGCAGCGCGGGGAAAGGCGAGCCCCCUGUCCAAGCCGACGUUGUCAUGACGAUGGACUCCAGUGACUUCACUAAGAUGUUUGCAGGGAAGCUGAAGCCCACCAUGGCCUUCAUGUCCGGGAAGCUGCGGAUCAAAGGGGACAUGACGCUCGCCAUCAAGCUGGAGAAGCUGAUGGGCCGCAUGAACAAGGCCAAGCUGUGAGGCCCAGGCUCCGCCCACCGCCUGCCAGGCUCCGCCCACCGCCGGCCAGGCUCCGCCCACCGCCCUGCCAGGCUCCGCCCCCUCUCUGUUUAUUGCUGUCCAUGUUGCCUUAACGAUAAACUGACACCCUGGUAUGAAACCGUGGAGGGGAUGGUGCCGUCAGGAGCCGACCCGCCUGCUGGCUCGGUCAGAACCAGAACCAGAACCAGAACCAGGCUGCUGGAUCUGGACCGGAUCAGCUGCUUUUAACCAGGACCGCCUCACAGGAACUGAUUUUCUAACUCGUUGACUAAUACCAAUUGUGUUGCCAUGGUAACAGGAAAUAAAUGGAUCUGAUUGAUAA